UGGCCCGGUAAAGGAAUCGGUUAGGGUAGUUUUAGAGCCUGAGCAUGGCUAUAUAAUGCAGAGAAAUCCCAGAAACCAGCUUGGGGCAUAACAGAAGAAACAAAGCCGUAUAAGAGGGCUCUGUUAUCUUUAGCGAAGGAGUUUAUAUCUGGGUUUGAAAAGGAUGGAUCGGUACCAGAGAGUAGAGAAGCCAAAAGCUGAGACUCCAAUUGACGAAAAUGAGAUUCGAAUUACCAGUCAAGGGAGGAUGCGCAGCUAUAUCACUUAUGCCUUGAGUCUACUUCAAGAAAAAGGUUCAAAUGAAGUUGUAUUCAAGGCAAUGGGAAGGGCUAUCAAUAAAACCGUGACCAUAGUGGAGUUAAUUAAGAGAAGAAUUGUUGGUCUUCAUCAGAAUACAGCUAUUGGUUCCACAGACAUAACUGAUAUUUGGGAGCCUCUGGAAGAAGGCCUCCUUCCUUUGGAAACCACAAGGCAUGUGUCAAUGAUUACAAUAACCCUGUCAAAGAAGGAACUGAAUACCUCUUCUGUUGGGUAUCAGCCACCACUGCUUGAUGAACAGGUCAAGCCAUCCACAGAAUUUGAUUAUGAUGCAGAGGGUUCACCUGGUGGCUGGCGUAGGGGUCGAUCAGGCAGAGGAAGGUCAAGAGGAAGAGGGAAUGGUUUUGUGCCUGUUGAGUAUGAAGAUGGAGGUUGGGACCGCAACAAUCGGGGGUAUGCUAGAGGUAGGGGUCGAGGGAGAGGACGUGGUAUCCGUGGCCGUGGCAGGGGAGGAUACAAUGGACCUUAUAGUGAUGGAAAGCAAGAUGGAAACUACAAUAAUGAAGCACCUGCUCAAGGCAGUGGUAUAGGUCUAGGUCGUGGUCGUGGGAGAGGAUACCGUGGAAGAGGAUACCGUGGAAGAGGCCAUGGCUACAGAUCAAAUGGACCGAUCCAGGCAGCAGCAUGAGACGCGGUGAUUCUCUCUUGAAUGUGCUGGAAAUGUCUGGAAUGUUGCCUUACCUAUUGUUAUGUGUAAUUAUCUAUUCUAUUUUUAUCCUUUGUCACCAACUGGCAGCGCUAGAUGUUAAUUUUAGGAUAUUGAGAUAGUGAGUAAUGUAGUGUUAGUUCGAAACUCCUUAACAGGGCAGCCUCUUUUUGUUGUAGAUGAUGUAGGGGAGAUGUCUGUACAACUCUCAACUUUCUGAGUGGGCGGUGAUUCUUUGAUUUUUCCGUUUGCGUUAAAUAAAUGUUGGUUUGUAUUUUUA